AUGGUUGCUGCUGGCGGGGCAUUAUUCUUGAAGGGUAUGCUGAUUGGGAGCAUUUCCUGGGUUUUGAUAACUCUGUUUGGCCAAAUUCACACGCGACGCGGACGUCACACUCACGAGCACCGUCACCUUCGCCCAGCGAGCAACAAAGAUUUCCUCAUCGUUCCAGAAGUGACACGCGUGGAGCUCAAUCAGAGCAUCCGUGUUUUCUGUAUCAUCCUCGGGGAACCCGAAGAUGAGAGUUAUUGGGCCGCCCUAAAGGAGACUUGGCCCAAACACUGUGACAACGCGGAGUUUCGGUGCAAUGUAGAAAGAAAUGACAAGUGGAUCCAGAUGAGGAAAACCUACAAGUCCGUCUUUGAAAAGUAUGGCGCCAGCUACAACUGGUACCUUCUUACUCUCCCCACCACGUUUGCUGUCAUUGAAAACCUGAAGUUCCUUCUGUUGACCAGGGACGCAUCGCAACCCUUCUAUGUGGGCCAUACCGUUUCAUCCGGGGACCUGGAGUACGUGCGCGUGGAAGGAGGAAUUGCCUUGAGCAUCGAGUCCCUGCAGAGGCUCCACACACUUCUCAGUGGCUCUCAACCCUGUGCGAGUCCAAGAGCCGUGUGGAACCUUCCUUUCGAUAGGCAGCUGGCCGUCUGCCUGAAAUACGCGGGCGUUCUCGCAGAAAAUGCAGAGGAUUACGAAGGGAGAGGUGUGUUCAAUACAAAAUCGAUCGUACACCUGAUUCAAGAGGCAAUGCCUAAAACCCCUCAGCAAGUAGUAAAAGGCUGCUGUUCAGAUAUGGCUAUUACUUUCAAUGGCCUGAACCCCAAGAAGAUGGAAGUCAUGAUGUAUGGCGCGUACCGUCUCAGGGCCUUCGGACAUCAUUUCAAUGACACCCUGGUUUUCUUGCCUCCAGACGGUUCAGAAAAUGACUGA